UAAAAAAAAACACAUUUCUGUAACAAUUUGAGGCUGUAGAUACAUCAUACAGGCGGCCACGGCUUCGGCUGCUGCCACUUAGGAAUAACAGUAUCAUCCCACAUGUCAUGCUAACUCUGUGACCCAUGCACUCCGGAAGGAGGCAGAUGUUUGCCGGGAGGGGAGGGUGGUUACCUGAUAGCAAUUGUGUUAUUGGGGAGUCAUAAUAGAUGGAUAGAUAGAUAGAUAGAUUUAGAUAUUUAUCAACUAAUAUAGAUUAUUUUCUAUUUUGCAGAGAAUGUGCCCGUUUUUAAGCUACUGUAGUAGUCAAGGAAGCGAACUUGAGGAAGAAACAUGUUGCUCUUCAGAAUUUGUACAAGAGAAUGCUGGUGAACCACGUGAGGAGGAGGUCGGAGGAGUUGAUCAGGGAGGAAAUCCUCAAAGUUUUCCAGAAAUAAAACCUCCAAAAUAACUGCCCUUUUGAUUUGAAAACAACAUUUUUUGAGAUCAUACACAUCAUUAACUUUAAAUUUUAAUAAUU